UAUCCGGUAACGUUAAAGUAACGAGAAACAAAGUGUGUCCGUCCGCGUGAACAGGUGAGACGUGAGAGCAGCGGAGGGAACCGGGGAACUCACGUAAAGUCACACGUCACGCUGGAGACAAGCGGAAGUGCACCAGGCUAACGGCAGCUAGCUGUGACGCUAACAGGAAGUGCUAGAGCUCAGGGGUCUGGAUGGCGUCGAGGCGGGGCACCUGGUGGAGUCGACCCGGGCCGCAGUGAAGGAUGCUCCAGGGCCCGUACGGCGGCCUGGACCGGGAGCGGCCCCUGAUCCGGCUGCCCUUCACCAGCCUGGCUGUGGCCACGGUGCUGCUGCCUCUCACCGGCCUCAUCGCCUGCCUCCUGCUCUCACUGCUCUACCACUACGAGGACGCCACGUACACACACUGUCAGGUGUCCAACUACCUCCCGUCCAUCAGCGCCGCCAUCAGCCGCAUGCCGGAGCGCUACAUCUGGCGCGGCUGCAUCGGCCUCCACUCGGCGCCACGCUACCUGGUGGCCGUCGCCUACUUCAACUUCUACCGCAGCCGCUUCGCCAAGAGGCUGCCGGAGCUGCUGCUCAGCGGCCUGGUUCUCCUCUGCAGCCUCACGGAGAACACGGGCCUGCUGCUGCUCACAUACGUGUCGUCCACGGAAACGUACAGUCUUCAUAAAAACGGAUUCAUCGCGUUCAUAGGGAGCUCGCUGCUGCACAUGCUCAUUACGUGCUGGCUGUGGCACGUGAACAGGAGAUACUGUGUGAACCCAGAGGAAGUGACAUCAUACAGAUGGAAGGUGCGUCUCUUCCUGUUUAACGUGGGCUGUUGUCUGGCUGCAGCGUACUUCUUCAGACGCCACAACCAGUUCUGUGAGACCGGAGUCUACACCCUGUUCGCCCUGUUUGAAUACCUGGUGGUCUUCUCCAACAUGGCCUUCCACAUGACGGCCUUCUGGGACUUCGGGAGCAAGGAGGUGUUAGUGGCCACGCCCCCUGAGGACAAACGAUACUGAACUUAACGAAGCCUUGAGUCCGUUGGGACGUGGACGUGAUUCCAGCAGCUGCUGUGAAGAUGGACAUGUCCAGUUAGUUCUGUCAUCUGAUCAACACAGGUUCUGAGACCAGACUUUAAACAACACAACAUGAAUCCUCUUUAAUGAUGACUCAGCGGUUCUCUCCUGUUCAGCAGCCGUUUACAAAGUGUCCUCUGAGUGUGUGUAUUUUUAUAUUGCGUGAUAUGUAUAUUUGUGAGGACCAUUUUAAGCACAAACCUUACAGAGUCGGGACCUUUUUGGAAAGUGAGGACAUUUUGGCCGAUGGUCUCUUUCUCCGAGGCUGAAGACUUGGUUUGUGUUCAGGUUAGUCUUUUAGUUUAGAUCAUGUUAGGCCGAGGCGCUGGACAAGCAUUAUGCCAACGACAGAAGUACAAGAAUGUGUGUGUGGACCUUAAAUCAUUUAUUUUCUCAGAGAUGGUUUCUGUCAUCAGCAACAUAGACUCUAACAAGUUAGCAAGCUAGCAGUUUGGUAACAUCAAACGAGAAGAUGAGACUGUUCAGAGGUGUUAUUAACAUUUUGAAGAAUAUCUAAAAUGUAAGUUAACUUCUUGAGAUCCAUUGUUUCUGAAAACGUCAGCAAACAGGAAGUUAGCUUUGUAACUGCGGCUCAGUCCAUGUUUGUUUAUCAGGCGACUGUCGUCACAUUCAGCUGGAGACGAGGGACAGGAAGAGGAAGCUGAGAUCCUGAGCUGAAGGGAAUCAAACAACUACACAACCUUUCGUUCUGCUUCCACCUGCACAUGUUUGGUCCAUUUUCUGUACAACGAUAAUGUGACAUUUUCAGGAGUGUUUGUGGUUCAGUUAUUAAAUCGUCUGACAACAUAAAAGCUA